AUGGGCAUCACUGCGGGCGCUCAUCGUUUAUGGUCACAUCGAAGUUAUAAAGCAAGAUGGCCAGCUCGAGUGUUCUUGAUGCUCUGCAACAGUAUGGCGUUUCAGAACGAUGUGAUUGAAUGGUCCCGAGAUCAUCGCUGCCAUCACAAAUGGACGGAUACUGAUGCCGACCCGCAUAAUACGACAAGGUAA